UAUACAGUAAUCGAAACGAACCAAGAGGCGGAGACACGUUCUCAUUUUCAGACAGCGAUGGCGAUGUCUAUUCUGAAGCUAAGAAACUCACCGGCCUUGAGAUCCGCCGCAAGUAGUGCCCGGAUCGGAGUUUUAUCAAGGGCUUUCUCAAAGCUCUCGGAGGGCACGGACAUAACCUCGGCGGCUCCAGGCGUUUCCCUCCAGAAAGCUCGCAGCUGGGACGAAGGCGUUUCCUCCAAAUUCUCCACCACACCAUUGUCAGAUAUCUUCAAGGGGAAGAAAGUCGUCAUCUUUGGACUUCCUGGAGCUUACACUGGAGUCUGCUCACAGCAGCAUGUGCCAAGCUACAAGAGCCACAUGGAUAAGUUCAAAGCCAAAGGCAUUGACUCCAUCAUCUGCGUCUCUGUCAAUGAUCCGUAUACCAUAAAUGGUUGGGCAGAGAAGAUUGGUGCCAAAGAUGCUAUUGAGUUUUAUGGAGAUUUUGAUGGGAAAUUCCAUAAAAGCUUGGGGCUAGACAAGGAUCUCUCUGCUGCAUUGCUCGGCCCUCGGUCUGAGAGAUGGUCGGCUUAUGUAGAAGACGGUAAGGUGAAGGCUGUGAACGUGGAAGAAGCACCGUCUGACUUCAAGGUGACAGGAGCCGAAGUUAUUUUAGGACAGAUCUAAAAAAUGUUUCAACAAGUUUUUCUUGCGUCUGUUGUUUCCUCUGUAUAAGUUGCGAGAGUGAAAAUAAGUUUGAUCCGAACAUCACCAAAGGAUCACACCAAGUUAAUAACUCUACUUUUUCUUGGUUCUUGUUUUCUUUUCAAUAAAAAUGUUUGUUACUUGCCUA